AUUCAUCAUCGUCACCGACCCGCGCCUCGCCGCCUAGCCGCCCAGCCAUCCGCCCUCAUGCGGCUAACCUGCUCUCUUGGUACCUGCGACCUUGCUUUGGAUCCUCGCAGCUGCAUCACUGCCCUUCACUCCCCCACGAUCAGGACUACUGACAUACAACCGCAGUCGUAACCAUCCCCCUGCUGACAUCCGAUAUCCUUCAUUCUUUCCUGCAUCUCCCUCGUCCGUCCGUCACGAGACAUUCUCCGUCUCAUUCCCAUCGUCCUGUCACUUGAAUCAUCACCGCUUUGUUGCCUGAGCCGCAUCGCUUACAAAACUGUCAAACCCAUCCCAUUUCAACUGCAGCCCAACCUUGUCACGUCACUUCACUCCCUAGACUAACAGCGCCCGUCACCGCGCCCGCGCCCAUUCUCCAAGUCCACCACCCUCGAGUCGAGCGCGACUGCUCCAUGCACCGUCAGCGGUAAAUUCUUCAGGUCGAUCUAGGGUGCUACUGCUGUGUGCGUGCUGCCGGACGUUCUGGACCUGCAGCGCACCCUGUGAUGAAAGAUGGUCGAAACCGAACCCGGAACUCCCACAUGGAAGUUCACCCAAUGUUUUGGCGAUAAAGGAGAUGUCGAAGACAUAACAGAGGCUGAUAUCAUCUCAACCGUCGAAUUUGACCACACUGGGAAUUAUCUUGCAACCGGAGACAAAGGUGGUCGCGUCGUCCUUUUUGAACGAAAUGAGACUAAGAAGACAUGCGAGUACAAGUUCCAUACAGAAUUCCAGUCCCACGAACCUGAAUUUGACUACCUCAAAUCUCUCGAGAUAGAAGAAAAGAUCAACAAGAUCAAAUGGUGCCGACGUCAGAAUGCUUCACACUAUCUUCUCUCCACAAACGAUAAGACUAUCAAGCUCUGGAAGGUCUUUGAGAAAUCCCUCAAAGUCGUCGCCGAGAACAACCUCUCCCAAGACCUCACCCCUGCUGGCCCCGGUGGUGGAGGGGCACCUCGUCAGAAUCACAUCCAUUUCAAGGAUGCCUCCCAGUUGAAGCUGCCUCGAAUGACUCACCAUGAUACCGUCGUGGCCGCAGUCCCUCGACGCACGUACGCUAACGCACACGCUUAUCACAUCAACAGCAUCUCCGUCAACAGCGAUGGCGAGACCUUCAUCAGCAGCGAUGAUCUUCGCAUCAACUUGUGGAAUCUCAACAUCCAAGACCAGAGUUUCAAUAUUGUCGAUAUCAAGCCUGCGAAUAUGGAGGAACUCACCGAAGUCAUCACUGCUGCCGAAUUCCACCCCCACAGUUGCAAUUGGUUCAUGUAUGCCAGCUCCAAGGGGACCAUCAAGUUGGCCGAUAUGCGUGAGAGUGCUCUGUGUGACCACCAUGCUAAACAAUUCGAGCAAGAAGAAGACCCUUCCUCGCGAUCCUUCUUUUCCGAGAUCAUCUCUUCCAUUUCCGAUGUUCGCUUCUCACACGAUGGCAGGUACAUUCUAUCAAGAGACUAUUUGACGGUCAAGAUCUGGGACGUGAACAUGGAGAGACAGCCCGUCAAGACCAUACCCAUUCACGAGCAUUUGAGGCCCCGUUUGUGCGACACCUAUGAGAACGACAGCAUCUUCGACAAAUUCGAGGUGGUUUUCAGCGGCGAUGGAAGCAAUGUCAUGACAGGGAGCUACAACAAUAACUUCAUGAUAUAUCCAUCAGACCCUGAACAAGAGACGGAAGUGGUCUUGCAGGCAGACAAAUCGGCCUUCAAGGCUAAGAAAGUUGGAGUGCCGACUCCCAUCAAUUCGGCCAGCCCUAAUGGCGCCAAGAAAGGUGGUUCAAGAGCAGGCAGCCCUGCCGCUGCAGGUCAAGGAAGCAGAAUGAGAAAGGAGACAGACGCCGACCAGAUCGAUUUUAACAAAAAGAUUCUGCAUAUGAGUUGGCAUCCGUUCGAAGACAGCAUUGCUAUUGCCGCGACGAACAACCUCUUUGUCUUCUCCGCUCUCUAGAUUUGUUCCUGAUGGACCUAUGCGCGACUGUUUACCAGCUUUCGUCCUGGCAGCCGCCUCGCGUAAUGUGCUGGGGUUGAACGAGGCGCCUCCCUCGCGCUCGCAAUAUGUCGGCGCCUGGUUUGCACAUGUCGGAAGGCGCGUGAUUGGCCGAGAGGAUGAUGUGACUUUGAUACGACGACAUCAUGCGGGUCGGCAAGGAUGAAGACGACCAGCAACUACUGCAGAGACCGUUGCGAGCUGUGAAAAUGAGUUACCGGAAGUGAGCGACGGAGGGAACGGCUGAUUCUGCACAUGUGUCUUUCUUGUCUCCAAGGGUUACACAUUUGCGGCCCGAGACUGGGCUUGUUGGAUUCCACAAUCGACUUUUUGCAAUGCCAUGAGCUGGGACGGAGGAGCGUCGAAGACCGGCAAUGCAGGUUCGGAAGAAUGGACCUUGAGCUUUGGCUCCGAGGAUCGUCUGAGAGGUGGAUAAGCAAUUGCCCAGCAAAGAGACAACAUCCUAUGCCAUUCACCCUCUUGGCCGGUUGCACAUUCUAUGAGAGCUGCAUGGCUCCUCUAGAAAAUGCCAAUUAAUCGACAUGAGCGAGACAAACAGAGCUGAAAACCAAAGUAGCAGAAAAGAAAAAUGAGAAAAGUCGAAUACAAAUAGAGAGACCUGGCCAUAUGAGCAUGACUUAAUAGGGGCAGAGUGGCUUUUUUCUA